CGAACCCAAGCGGGUGGGCGUCAUGGGGGAAGGGGGGACCCCUGUCCCGGAACCGCCCAAGGCAACGCCACGAAAAGUAUUCUAGGAAUACAUGUGGGAAUGUACCGAUGUCAAGCAGUGGUCCGUGUGGUUGCUUGGAGAUACCUCAGACGGGCAAUGACCCCUCGAGGCGGUGCGCGCCAGGUUGAUGGGCGGUCAGGGCGCCGGGGACCUGGUGUUUCUUUUCUAUCUUGUUGAUAUGCUUCUCCGCGUUCCUGGGCCGUCUUCUCCCAGACCUGUUGUAUUCUUCUCUUCCCUUUUGUCCUUUCUGUCCCUCCCUUGUCUAGCCUAUCUUCCUGUCCUCCCUUCCGUCUCUCGAUAUACCGACGCCCCAUACCACAGUUUAACAGUGCCCUUCUUGAAUGUCUACAAGCUGCUCCCAAUAUUACGUUGGCUGCCUGACGAGCUGGUCGGGCAUGCGACCGUCCUCGAAUCCCUCGUCGGAUUCGCCCACUUACCGUCUCACCUCGACUUAUUGAUUCGUCAUUCUCCCAGCUGCGAGGGAGUGGAAGCAGCGACGUCUUAAGCCAUGCGAUGGCGCGCGGCGGGGGGCCGCAUCUUGUGGUUCUCGAGCGCAGCACAGCAGCGCACCUGCUCAGCCUCUUCCUGCAACCAACCUGCGAUACCACCGAGUCUACAUCAAACAACGAACCAAGCGUGGAGCAACCAACCGACACCGCCCAUGUUGGAGAGGGGACGACAUGGAAGUCGCGUCAAGAUGUCUACUACCGCAGCGGCGAUCAGACCCGACGUCCUCAGUCUCCUACUCUCGCUAUGGGCUUCAGCACCGACUCUCGUCCACGCGGCGGACGCCCCGGCGGCCGCUCCCGAGGCGGCGGCAGCCAACAAGUUUGUGCCCACCUGCGCUGGGGCCUGCUACCAGGCCUUCAUAGAGAACAACCGAUUCCUGGACGCGUGUGGCGCUAGCCCGUCCCUUGAGUGCCUCGGCCUCGGUUACUGCGGCGUACUCGGUAUGUCACACAGUAGCUGGCUUUGCGGCGCCGACGCAAACCGUCAUCGUGGCAACCCCGGUUGCGCAGACGCGCACGUUUACGCCAACGACCUCCUCUCCUCCUUCCUUGAGGACUACUUCGCGAACGAGAAGCUCUUCGAGGUCUUCUUCGACGACCUCCUCGGAAAUUUCUUCGACGGCUCACUCAGGAGCUUCUUCGACGACCCCCUCGGAAAUUUCUCCGACGGCCUCCUCGGAAAUUUCUUCGACGGCUCACUCAGGAGCGUCUUCGACGACUUCCUCGGAAAUUUCUUCGACUACCUCUGA